CCCCUCCCAUUGGCCAGCGCAGAUUGCUAGAUCUGGCCAAACCACCCUGCCAGGCAGCAUUGAAACACUCAAACCAUAUAUAGAACCACCGUCGCGCAUCCAAGAAGCUCCACGCUCUACCCAAAGCACCCUGGCAUGUGACACUCUGCAGCUGUGGACGGUGGAGGCACGCGUGGUGCAAGUACAGUGGAAGCACAAGUCCUGCAUGAACACUCGAGGAACUGAGACUGCCUCCGCCAUCCAUGUGUGCGAGGCGAGCUGCUUACUUUCAAAAUGGAACCGGUGCUGCUCGCUGCCAGACGCAAUCUUGCCUCAGCGAUGCUGGUCGCACUGUCCCAACAUCCUCUCGUAACAUCCCUGUCCUGGAUUGACGUCGCCUCGGUCCGCAUAUGGAGUACGCCCACCGACCAGCACCUUUAAACUGCGAGCAACAUACAAGCAUAUUAAACCUUCGGUCUUGAAAGAGAGCGGCAGCAAUAUUGCGGCACAUGGCUGCGCUCCACGCAGCCCGUCCAGAUGGAGGCCGACAGAGAGCAAGAGAGAGAACGAGGAAUAUAGAUAUACAGCGAGAACAGAUCGCAUGGCCUUGCUUUUGAGGUUGCCAUGCCAUGGUGCUCACAAGACUGCGCAAGUCCUGUGGCCAUUUUUGGGUUCACCGAGAGCUCACAAGUCCAUCAGCGCAGUGCCCGGUGAUGCAUCACCGUCUUAAUCGGCCAACUGCUUUGCCAGAAGCUGUAAUGGCAAGAGCGGCGGAGAGGGGGCGAGACCGACCCGCUCGCUGGGCCUCCAGCCUCGCUGCAGCAUCGAAGGUGUCCAAUUCCUCCACGAUGUUGUUGGAUAACUUAAAACUUCGGACAUUCGAAAAGCUUCGGUGUGCAUUUCGUGCGCCUCAGAACCGAUAGGUGCGCAAUCGCCUGGAGUGUUGAACUGAAUACGGUUUUGCAGACCGGGCAUGCCAGACCGAGCAUCGCAUCUGAAACCAUGCCUCGCUCGUCUGUGAGACAGCAGAGCCUUCUGCGAAUGAAAAGCAGGCGGGCCGACUAUACCUAUACCUAUAUAUAUAUAGUAUGUAUUAAUUCCUCGAGGCUUGGAUCGAAUCCGCCGCAAUAUGUUAUAAUGUGAAAGGUAACGUGGCUGAGGCGCUAACGUAUGUAGCGACCCACGGCCCUUCCAGUGGAAGUGAAAGCCUGCCCAACAGCCAGCGCGUGUGAAUGACCGCUGCGGCGGGCCUCGCGACGCAGAUCGUUGUCGAUACUGUCAAGGCGAGAAUACUCGGAUCGGAACUGAUAGCCUUACGAACGACGCUGGCCUGGCGCAUAUGGCUGCCCAGCAUCGGGUACGACGAGAAUCGCACAGAUAAGCAAGUCAUCGAAGACGAGAUCGGUACCUCGUGCCGCAGACUUGGCACGCGCGUGCGACCGCAAUGCCCUGUCCGAGGCGAAGGCGCAAUCACACAAAUCACACUUGAAAGAUGCAAUUUGGGAGCUGGCCGGAGGGAGAAAAGGAGUGCCAAGGUCGCACACCGACUCAAUGAAAAAUAUAAAAUUGACAGCGUGAGACCAGCGAGCUGGAGACUCGACAAUGAAUUGAACCCACGGGGCGAAAGACUCUGAAGGGUCAGGCAGUCCAGAGCACAGAGCCGACAUCCGCCACAAACAUUGCAGGUCCUCCAGCACAGGCUGCACCCAAGGGAGGCGAGGCAAAGGAGGGGAAGGAGCGAGAAGUGAGUGUAGCUCGGUGGAUCCACAUCCUCAAAUUUAAAUUCGCCGGCCCUACGCGAUCUCGUUAUUUAUCGCAAAAGAAAUUCGCCGGCCCUACAGCCGUCAGAUCCGGGGGCAAACCCCAAAGAGAACCCAUGGCCUGUGCCCUUUCCGGGAAAAUUGCGUGGCGCAGCUAACAAUUCAUCAACACAAGGGUGGAGACAUAAGAAACCCCGGCCAAAAUCUAAAACUGCAUUGCACAAGCGAUCCGCCUCUUGAUUCUGAUGGCGGGGCCGCCGCAAGACCGGAGCCUCGAUCGGAUCCGGCGGUCUCCACCCUUCGGUCACGCACUGUAGCAAACAGUCCGCUAGAGGCGAAAGUUGGGUGAGACGCUCCCACUGGACGAACGACGAUCCACUGAAGGCCUGCGCCAAGGCUUCGUUAUCGACAACAAACCGGAAAAAUUGAGUCGAGUCGGAGGGAUCAGGCCAGGACGAAUCGGAGGGAAGGAGAGGAGGAAUGAUGUCAAAGAACAAGCGGCCCUCAGAAGUGAAAAACGUGUCAUCCCCGACGUCCCAGUCGCCAGUUAUAAUAUAUGUAUAUACAUACAUAUUGAUUGGCCGAGGAUGGGAGCCGCAAGUUAUGCCAGUCACAAAAGAAAACGCGUUACGACGCGACUCGACCGACGAUUCGCCCAGUCGAAGCCCGAGCAGCACCAUCAGCUAUAUGGUGGCUCUUUCCCGCUCUCUGGGCGGCGCGCCUGAGCUGCUGGUCAGCAGCGUCCAGGCGGGCAACCUCGGAGGCUGGGAGGGGCGAGCAGUUCUGCAGAAUCCAAUCACGGCACCUUGGGCGACGCGCGUCGGAGACGUGUGCGAGGAGACGAAGGCGCUGCCGGAAGUCUGUUUGGCAGCACGGACACGUGGCAUCAGGCAGAUAUGUGCGAAUAACUGCUCGCUCACCGUGCUUAGCUCGCCUAUGGCUGCGGAGUGCACGGUCGGAGGAAAACGACAGCUCACACGCUGUGCAUUUCCAGACCAAGGCUGAGGAGGGUGUGGUCGAGGGAGCCUCGGGGUCACACACAGACUCAACAAACGACAGCUGGCUGACAAGAUGGCUCCACAACUUCUCAUCCUGCAACAAUCGAUCCCACUGCGCGGGGUCUUCUGUCGGGGACGGGAAGCUAGAUGGGCCACCUGCCCCGGCGCCAUUGGCGGCAGUCGCGGGGAGCACGAGCUUCUUAUUUUAUUCGUCGACAUCUGGGAUGAGUGCUCUGGCCUGAGUGGAUGGCUGGAGUCUUGCAAAAAGAAGGCUUCGAUGGCUAUACCACCGCUUCGAAAAGAAUCCCGUCGCACGGAGGGCUGGACUCCGUAACUCGCAAAGCGCGUGCACAGGCAGGUGCUCGAGCGGCGUGGCUGGCUGUGCGGGGUGAGGGGUGGCGGCACUACAAUGAAGAGGGAUUCAAGCGCAGACUCCGUGACAGCCAUCACGGUGCCCGAUCUCUGCACACAACUAUACGAUGAAUGGUAUCUGUCAGAAGAUAACUAUAGUCCGAAGUCUGCUGCCGCCGCUUCGUCGGCCGAGAAGUCAUGCUCUGGGGCGACCUCAGCUCCUAGACUCGGCGAUUCAACCUCCCGAUCGCCGUGUGAGUCUGUGGGUGCGGCCGACGGGCGAGCGUAUCUAAUGCUGAUGACUGGUAUCUGGACCGGUGCCGCGCGAGGCGGCGAGCUUGAACGAACAAAGAGGAUGGGAAGAGAGAGGUCACGCGCGGCGGGGCCACGCGACAGAGGUAGCACAGGCGCCUUCAGUUCGUGAUCAUCAGGAGCUCCGUCUACUGAGCGAGCGCGUCGAGCCACGUCGACAGCUCCUCCUCGAGCCAGCCCGCUGGCAUGACCCCCGUAUGGAUGAUGGCCGAGCCCUCGCAGCGGAGGGCGGCGAGGAUGUGUGGGCGCAUGAGGGAGAGAAAACGCUCCUCGUGGUUUGAGUCGUUUGGGGUUUCUCGUCCUGGUCUGAGUCGUUCGGGCCCUUUUUCCUGGUGUGCGUCGUUCGGGCUCUUGGUGGUGUGAGUCGUUUGGGCUCCUCGUCCUGGUGUGAGUCGUUUGGGUUCCUCGCGGCGUGAGGCGUGCGGGCACCUCGUCCCCUUUUGGGGCGUCUUGGGGGCCUCUUGGC